AGGAGGAAGAGGCGGCUGCGAGGGUCUUCAGCUGCUCUGCGAGAGGUAGCCCUCCGCCCCGGGGCGGGUGAGAUGGAGGGGCUUUCGGAGGGAAGAAAAACUGAAAUUACUGGCUGAACAGGACAAUGAUUAUUAAUUAAAUACAAUUCAAAGCUGUACUGUGGUUUCCUGAAUCAAUUGUGUCUGCACAAGUGAACGGUGAAGAUCAAAGUGAUCACCAGAAAAGGAGUGAAGAAUACCUCUGGCUGACUCUAAGCAAAAUGAGCACACAAACAAGCGAUAGAACUCUAUGAUGUUCGCCAAGCAGAAACUUAGACUAAAUGUUGAACUUCUUUUUAUUCAUGGAAUGGCUGCUAUUGUCUUCACAAAUACAAUGGCUAUAAUUCUUUGUCAGGACAGUUGAGGCACUUCACCUGCAUUUGCCAUUUGAAUUUGAGACACAUCCUAUUUUCCCUAGGUCUUAAAGGACCUGAGAACAGGUGGGAACCAAGGGAUGUUAAAUGCUGGAUUGGGAUAAAAAAAUGGAUGCUCACAUGUGAAGAUGGAAGUAACUUGAUCCCUCCAACUGCAUAAACUGCCUCUGGAAAGGAAAGGUUAAGAUUGGAGUCACAAGCUUUAGUGGGAAGCAGUAUGCAGGAAGCUGGUUUUCAGGCCACAAAUGCUUUCACAGAGUGCAAAUUCACCUGCACCAGUGGCAAAUGCUUAUAUCGUGCCUCGCUGCUCUGUAAUGAACAGAACGAUUGUGGGGAUAAUAGUGAUGAAGAGAACUGCUUACUUGUAACUGAACAUCCACCUCCAAGCAUCUUCAGCUCGGAAUUAGAGUUUAUUCAGAUUAUCAUCAUCAUAGUGGUGAUAACUGUUAUGAUAGUAGUGAUCAUCUGCUUGCUGAAUCAUUAUAAGGGGUCAACAAGGUCCUUCAUCAGUCGUCAGAGCCAAAGCAGAAGGCAAGAGGACUCUUUACAACCAGAGGGGUGUCUGUGGCCUUCUGACAGCUCAUCUUCUCGACAAGGACCUUCAGAGAUUAUGUAUGCCCCACGUUCCAGGGACAGAUUCACCGCUCCAUCUUUCCUGCAGAGAGAACAUUUCAGUCGCUUCCAGCCAACUUAUCCCUACGUGCAGCACGAGAUUGAUCUGCCUCCUACAAUCUCCCUUUCUGAUGGUGAAGAACCACCACCAUACCAAGGGCCGUGCACUCUGCAACUUCGGGAUCCAGAACAACAGAUGGAACUUAACAGAGAAUCCGUGAGGGCACCACCAAACAGAACUAUAUUUGACAGCGACUUAAUAGAUGUUUCAGUAUACAAUGCAGGCCCUUGCCCACCAAGCAGCAAUUCGGGAAUAAGUGCAACCAAUUACAGCAGUAAUGGAAGGAUGGAAGGACCACCCCCAACUUACAGUGAGGUCAUGGGGCAUUACCCGGGUUCCUCUUUUUUCCAUCACCAGCAAAGCAACACGCCUUCUUCAUCACAGAGGGGGAGCAGACUUCAGCUUCAGCAGAACAAUUCGGAGAGCACAAUAGUCCCUAUUGAAAGCAAAGACAGGAAACCAGGAAACUUUGUCUAGUUUCUUUUUCCAUGUGCACUUGAAGAGAGUCGGGAGAAUCAAACAGGAGCAUAAGGGAAGCUUCUAUGCCCCUGUGCACAAUGUUGUUAAAAGUUUCAUGUGACACAAUUUAGUAAAACCAAACCUACAAAGCUGUUCUUUAUUUCCGAUUCCUUUAAGGGGAAUUGCAUGAAAAUUUGUUUUGAAAUAAUUGCAACCUUCCAUUCAGUUUGGCCAUGAG